AGUAAAUACAUUUCUUCAUUUUCCUUUUUUCUCCUAUAAAUGCCCAUUGUCAUUUCUCAUAAUUGAUUCCAUAUUUUCCUCCUCCUCGUCUUCUUCUUCUUCCUCUUCCCAAAAUCACUGCACAAGAUUGAAUUUCGUGAAACAGAGUAGGGAGAGUAAGAAGAAUUAGCUGAACGUUAUUGCUUAAUUUUAGCAGAAAUGGAGAGAGUUUUGAUGAGAUUGAGUAAGUUAAGAUCAUCAUCAUCAAGAUUUUAUUAUGGGAAAAAAGCAGGAUUUUCAAGUGAUGCGAAAAUAGAUUUAUCAUCAUCGAAAUCUUUUGUUCAGAAGCUUAGAGAUCUACCUAUGGAUCUUCCAGGAAUCAAUGUUAAGAAGGAUGUUUCUCAGUUGAUUGGGAGAACUCCAUUGGUUUAUCUCAACAAAGUUUCCGCAGGAUGUGGUGCUUACAUCGCCUGCAAGCAGGAGAUGAUGCAGCCUACUGCAAGCAUCAAAGACAGACCUGCACUUGCUAUGAUUGAGGAUGCAGAAAGGAGAAACCUUAUCUCUCCUGAGAAAACAGUGUUGAUUGAGCCAACAUCAGGAAACAUGGGAAUAAGUAUGGCUUUUAUGGCAGCAUUGAAAGGUUACAAGAUUGCUUUAACAAUGCCAUCUUACACAAGUUUGGAAAGAAGGGUUACAAUGAGAGCAUUUGGAGCUGAACUAAUCCUAACUGACCCCGCCAAAGGAAUGGGAGGAACUGUGAAGAAAGCUUAUGAUCUUUUGGAGUCCAGAGAAAAUGCUUACAUGCUUCAACAAUUCUCAAAUCCGGCUAAUACUCAGGUGCAUUUUGACACGACUGGUCCUGAGAUCUGGGAAGACACAAUGGGGAAGGUUGAUAUCUUUGUGAUGGGAGUUGGAAGUGGAGGUACCGUAUCCGGUGUUGGGAGGUAUCUCAAAUCCAUGAAUCCAAAUGUGAAGAUUUAUGGUCUUGAACCUGCGGAGAGCAAUGUUUUAAACGGUGGCAAACCAGGUCCUCAUUCUAUAACUGGUAACGGGGUUGGUUUCAAGCCAGAUAUUCUGGACAUGGACAUAUUGGAAGAAGUCAUUGAGGUUACAAGUGAUGACGCAGUGAAGAUGGCCAGAGAAUUAGCUUUAAAAGAGGGACUUAUGGUUGGGAUCUCGUCUGGAGCUAAUACAGUUGCUGCACUGAAACUUGCACAAAGGCCUGAGAACAAGGGCAAACUCAUUGUGACUAUUCAUGCAAGUUUUGGCGAGCGAUACCUCUCAUCUGUGUUGUUUCAAGAGUUGCGAGACGAGGCUCUAAAGAUGGAACCUGUUUCAGUUGAUUAAACUUCGAUGGAACGUUUCAUGCUACAUCUUUGAACUGAUUUAGAAUAAUGUUGCAUGUAUGUUUAAACGAUCAGUUUCCGUCAUUAUUAUUAUGAAUAACAUAAGAUCUUGAAUGGGUUUCUCAUUGAAUCUUCUAGCAUAAUACAUCAAUUUCUUAAA